AUGAGAACAAGACGAAGUGUUAUAAUUGCAGAGUCAUCGGAUGAUGAGUUGAUGGAUGAAUCUUCGGAUAGUGAUAAUGAUAACAUAUUUCAAGAUGAAGAAGAGGAAGAGGAAAAUUCAAAUCAAAUUGUUCUUGAACCACCAACAAGUUUUGAACACAUUCCGAUAAUUAAAUUGGACAAGGAUUAUUUCAUGACAGCAAUUUAUAUUAAAAAGUUCCUGCACCAGAGUGAUUAUGACUUGGUAAAGGCAUUCAAAGAGUUUGGACAGGAAAAAGAUAGGAAAGUGCUUCACGGAAGAGAUAUGGCAAAAUUGGUUCACUUAAGCCAACACCACUAUCUUUCCAGUGAUUUAGAGAUAAAGCCGAAUAUCAAGGGUGUUGUUCUAUUUAGAAUGGAGUGGAUUAUUGAAAUGUUUAAUAGAGAGAUACUAUCGAGUGAAAGUUUUGUCGAAAAUGUCAAUAUAAUAGAUUUCAUUAUUGUAUUCGAUAUGGAAAGAAAUUGUGUUAACUUUAAGGAUGAAGUAAUAGAAACACUCUUGGAAUCUCAAAAGAAGCAACAGGAAGAUAAGAUUAAAGAGGAGGAGGACGCUGCGCAACCCUCUAUUAUUGAGGAGGAAACAUUUCACACAUGCCCUAUUAGAACUGAAGGAAUUGAAAAAUUUCAGGACUUUCUUAAACUCCACAUCUCACACACUACCUCUGAUCGAUGCGUAAUUAUGCCAUUCGAUUAUUAG